AUUGUCUGAAAUAGAAUUCACUGCAGGAUGACGUCGCCAACAGUUCAGGCUCUGUUAAUGUGUCUUGGAUUUUACGCAGUAGAUUCCUCCGUUAAUGUUGCAUCUGGAAAGCCUUCCUGGCUGUCAUCUACCUGGACUCUAUCUUCGAGGGCCUCGAAUGUUGUUGACGGUACUAAAUAUUUAAACCACGAUACUCUCUUUCCAAGAUGUAUCCACACACGUUUCGAACCGUUCCCCCGCUGGUGGGUAAAUCUAACCGGAGAUUAUACCAUAUCGAGGAUCGAUAUUGACUACAGGAGGGAUACAAGCUACAGAAUGCAUGGGUACAAACUAAUUGUAUCGAACACAGAAUCUACCAGUCGAUGGAACAGGGGUCACAGGAUAGCUGGUCACAUUUGCUACACGGAGGUCAGAACAGAUCCGCCAACACAACAGACGGUACCAUGUCUAGCUAGGGGACAGUACAUAACAUAUGCUGAUGAUUAUCGCUCCCCUAAAGACCCGAACCCUUAUGUAGAACUUUGCGAGUUGGAAGCCCUUGGUUGUCCAACUGGAUGGUAUGGACAGAAUAACUGCGAUAAUCCUUGUCCUGAAGGAUGCUUGGAAAUAGCAUGUAAUCCGGACAAUGGCGCGUGCUUUCACGGAUGCAAAACCGGAUUACAGGGAAUCACGUGCAAUACAACAUGUGACGAUGGCAGAUUCGGUUAAGGAUGCCAGCAAUAUUGUUAUUGUCUCGGUGAGACAUGUGAUCCACAAACAGGAAUUUGUCCUGACAGCAGGUGUCAGCUAGG